AGGCCGCAGGUGCAGCUCGGAGUCCACGGUCUGGGCCACCGGCGGCCCUGGAGGCUGCUUUCCUCCACGCGUUCCUCGCGGGCGCGGGACGACGAGCCCUGGUGGGACCGGCGGGGCGGCGACCGGCCGAUGCUGGAGGGUGACUUUGUGCACCUGGAGGUGGACCUCCGCGGCCUGCACUGCCCCUUCGGCACGCUGACCCUCGCCUUGAACGCGGAGGAGCCCGAGAUCGUGUUCGACGACAUCCCGUUGAGCGCCAGCACGCCCAUCAUGCCGGUGGUGUCCAUGGGCGGUGACCACACCUGUGUGAGGCUGUGCCCCGCGUACUGAGCAGUUCUGUGCCUUCGUUGCCUGCCGCUUUUCUGUGUCACCUCGCCACUCCGUGCAUCAACUACAUGCGUCCUCCCCUCUUCCUCUUACUGCCUCUCCCUGUCACCCGCACUACGUCACUCUCUCUCUCUCUCUCUUUCUUCCUGUCGUUCCCUUUUUCUUUCCCUCUCUCUCCCUCUCUCUUCUUAGCAAGCUAGUGGGCCUCGAGGAUCCGAAGCGUCAGCGCCUCUCUCUCUCUCUCUCUCUCUCCCUGUCUGCCUAAAAGGCCCAUGGAGGAGGGACCUACCACCGAAAAAUCGUGUGCACGGCUGCUCGCCGCGCCAGCGCCGACACCGCCCCCAGCACGACCCCACGGCCACCGCGCUCUGCCACGACCACCCGCCGCGCCGAGCCCCUCGCUCCCCGUGCCAACGGCCACGCCCCCUUGGGACUCCGCCGGCUGCUGCCCGGUCUCCGCGUGCGCGCAGGCCGCGGUGGCCAGCACGGCCCUGCUCCGCCGGCCCUCCCCCCUCCCUCCGCCCCUUUGUGCGCGCCACCAAGUAUGGGACUCUGCCGCCUGGCGCGGCGAGGGCGGCGCGGACGCGGACGCGGCCGCGGGCGAGGGCGCAGGCCUCGCUCUUCUUCCCCCUACCUGUCGCUCUCCAG